GCCGUGCCCACCCUCAAUGCCCUGGAGAGGGGCUUCUUGAGUGCCAUGGAUUGGCGUCUCUACACUGACCCUCGGGAGAUCUUUGAGGUGCUGAGCUGGUUAGAGAGCUGUGUGGCUGAGCAGCAGGGACGGCGACGGGGCUGGUACACCUACACAGACCUGUGUGUGCUACUGGAGCAGCCGACCUGGCAACUGGUCCUGGGCUCCCUCUGCCAGCAGUUGGCAAAGCUGUCCUGCCUAUUAACUAUGGCAUAUGUGAGCAGUGUGGCCCUAGCUGUGGCAUCGGUGGCUGUAAUACACCAGUCCUUAGGGCUGUCCUGCAGCCCCCCACCUGGCCCCCCGGAUCUUGGAUUGGCCUCCAGGUGCCUCUUGGAACCCUGCGUACCUUCUCCUGUGACACAGUGCCUGCCAUCUCCUGCUAAUGUCUCCAGCUGCCUGGAAGGCGACGCAGGGCUGCGUUCACUUGGGGGCAGCCUUCUGGCUUCACUGACUCCCCCACCAUUGCCUCCCCCAGAUCCUCCUGCCCCUCCAACUCUUCUCCAUAACUGUCCCCUUUGCCUGAAGCUCCAGAAGGACUCCCCAACCUGCCGUGCCUGCCAUCAUCCCAACCAUACGGUACCCGCUGGGCCCCCCAGCCCCUGGUACCACUCCCAUGGCUUGGUCCCACCCUGGUCCUGGAGCCCAGUGCCCCCUCUGCUCCCACAGCCUCAGCAGUGCUCCCUCUUCAGCACCAUGGAGCUGGCCCGCCUCAAGUCUUUCAUUUUCCCAGGCUAAGGCAGCUCUCUGAGGAAUGCAUUAAGAGGACGGAGGAGUCCCUGAGAACCUGGAGGUGCAAUGCUUGAUUUAGAUCCUCUCUACCUCUCUGGGUCCUUGGUUGGUCGCUGUUCUCCUGGGUGAGGGAGCUUAAGGGGUUAUGGGGCAGAAGGACUGAAGGUCACUUGCUCUCCUAGACCUCAGUGUCUGGCUGCUUGGCCAGAGCAGUGAUGGUGCCACGGAAAGCUUCAACUCAGUGACCAGGGGCUUGUCACAGGUGGACAGAGGAGAAGCUCCCGUCUCUUAACCUCCCCUGGGUUCUUCUAGACUUUUGCUUUUGACUUCCCUGGAAUGGAAGGGUAAAGAUAGGAGAGGGAAGAGGGAGGGAGGAAAGGCUGACCAGGGUCUGUGUGAUGUCCCUGAAGCAGGAAAGCCAGGGAUUGACAGGGCCAAGGUGGGAGCUGCUGAGGCAAGGCGGGGUAAGGCGGGAAGCCCCCUCCACUCGCAUCCCUUGGAUGUAGUCUGAAGGAGCCAGGGGCUGCUGGGACCUUCAACCUUGCCCUUUCGUCUUCCAACCUUCUCUUAGUACCCUGCUCCUGGGCUUCCCUCUCUGCCGGUUCCUACCCUGGGUGUUCUUUUCACAGGCCUCCCUGGCUGCCGCUUUGUAUCUGGGUUUUUCAAGCUUUUGUAGAACUGAGAUUUCAAUAAACAGUUUCAGUUGCA